AUGGAGACUCCGACCCUGAGCCCGAAGCCCGGCCCUGUGCCCCCCUCUAACACCUCCCUUGCCUCCCCAGUGCGCUACGGCCGCUUCGACCCCGAGGACCAGCGGAGCCGCCACUGCCCCUACCUGGACACCAUCAACAAGAGCGUCCUGGACUUCGACUUCGAGAAGCUCUGCUCCAUCUCCCUGUCCCACAUCAACGUCUACGCCUGCCUGGUCUGUGGGAAGUACUUCCAGGGCCGCGGGCUGAAGUCCCACGCCUACAUCCACAGCGUGCAGCUGAGCCACCACGUGUUCCUCAACCUGCACACCCUCAAGUUCUACUGCCUGCCCGACAACUACGAGAUCAUCGACUCCUCCCUCGAGGACAUCACGUACGUGCUCAAGCCCACCUUCACAGCCCAGCACAUCGCCCACCUGGACAAACAGGCCAAGCUGUCCCGGGCCUACGAUGGCACCACGUACCUGCCUGGCAUCGUGGGGCUCAACAACAUCAAGGCCAACGACUACGCCAACGCCGUGCUGCAGGCCCUGUCCAACGUGCCCCCCCUGCGGAAUUACUUCCUGGAGGAGGAGAACUACCGGCACAUCCAGCGCCCGCCCGGGGACAUCAUGUUCCUGCUGGUGCAGCGCUUCGGGGAGCUCAUGAGGAAGCUCUGGAACCCCAGGAACUUCAAGGCUCACGUGUCCCCCCACGAGAUGCUCCAGGCCGUGGUGCUCUGCAGCAAGAAGAACUUCCAGAUCACCAAGCAGGGGGACGGGGUGGAAUUCCUGUCCUGGUUCCUGAACGCUCUGCACGCGGCGCUGGGCGGCACCAAGAGGAAGAAGAAGACCAUCGUCACCGACGUGUUCCAGGGCUCCAUGCGCAUCUUCACCAAGAAACUGCCACACCCCGACCUGCCAGCAGAGGAGAAGGCGCAGCUGCUGCAGAACAGCGAGUACCAGGAGCGCAUGGUGGAGUCCACCUUCCUGUACCUGACCCUGGACCUGCCCACGGCCCCGCUCUACAAGGACGAGAAGGAGCAGCUCAUCAUCCCCCAGGUGCCCCUGUUCAGCAUCCUGGCCAAGUUCAACGGCAGCACCGAGAAGGAGUACAAGACCUACAAGGAGAACUUCCUGAAGCGCUUCCAGCUGACCCGCCUGCCCCCCUACCUCAUCUUCUGCAUCAAGCGCUUCACCAAGAACAACUUCUUCGUGGAGAAGAACCCCACCAUCGUCAACUUCCCCAUCACGAACGUGGACCUGCGGGAGUACCUGUCGGAGGAGGUGCAGGCGGCGCACGCGCACACCACCUACGACCUCAUCGCCAACAUCGUGCACGACGGGAAGCCCUCGGAGGGCUCCUACCGCAUCCACGUCCUCCACCACGGCACAGGGAAGUGGUACGAGCUGCAGGACCUGCAGGUGACCGACAUCCUGCCGCAGAUGAUCACCCUGUCCGAGGCCUACAUCCAGAUCUGGAAGCGGCGUGAGGAGGAUGAGACAAACCAACAAGGGGCCUGAGACCCCCAGGGACACCCCCAGCCCCCUUGGGACCACCUAGAGACCCCCUUGGGGUCACUCCCGGUCCCUUGUGGAGACCUAGAGACCCUUCUGGGGACACCCCGAGCCCCUUGGGGACACCUUGAGCCCCUUGGGAUCACCCAUAACCCCUCUGGGGACACCCCAACUCCCCCCCCCGCUGUGUCUCUCCCCACCCCAAAUAAAUGCCACCCACUUAUUUUUGUAA